AUGCUGCCGCUCUCAGAGCGCGGCAUCCUCUUGGAUUUGACCCCGACGGAGGCCCAAAUUUCGACUAUAGCCGACCUCAAGAUACGUUUUCUCAAUAUUACUGGUGAAGCUGCAUCGUAUGGGGUGUUUAUGACCGUCGCAUGGCUAGCUACCAGCAGUUUAAUCUCGAAAGGCUUACGGGACUCGCCUCCUCGUCAGGUGUUAUUUGGCUUAACGAUUUUCACGCUGCUCGCCACGACAACCCAUCUUGCACUUCACCUCACUUCUUUGAUACUCCAACUACCGGGAAUCGUCAUGCUUGACCGCGAUAUAAACCCUUGGGUGCUGUUAAGGAAGAUAAAUGUGGUACAGACGGGUCUACGCCGCGCAAUUUACUUUAUCAGCGACGCAAUCGUCAUCUGGCGGGCCUGGGCAAUCUGGCACGACAAUCAAAUUGUCCGCCUGGUUCUUGCCUUCUUUCUUCUUUCAACAUUCGCAACCUCCCUUUCGCUAUACAUCCUCAAUAUAAAAUCCAUACUCUAUGGCGCACAUUAUCCUUCCAUGCUGAAAAACUUUUUGGGGACAUUUCCUCUCUUAAUCACCAACUUUGCCGCAACCGGCUUAAUUGCGUACAAACUCUGGUAUUAUCGCGCCAACCUGAAAAAAUACCUCUCCCCUGCUGCCGCCUAUGCCUCGCCCCAUUCUCACUCUCCCGGCCCAAAGAUUGAACGGGUCUUGAUACUGCUGAUCGAGUCCGGCGUCGUCUAUGGGAUCCUCUGGGUGGUGCUUAUGGUCGGCGACUUUGGCUACUAUGGCGACUUCGAGAUGGAGUGGUUCCAGCCAAAUAUGAGCGCGCUGUAUCCCGUUCUAGUCAUUCUAUUCGUCGCCAAGGGCAAAUUACUUAGCGAAGGGGACCUGACGGGCGGGAGCAUUCAAGUGGUUUCAAUGCCGUUGUCGUUCGUCCAUACCAACUCUCCACCGCAUUCGGACGCUGCUGGAUCCAACAAAGGAUCUCAGUUUCUGGACGCUAGAUAG